CGGCGUGGCGCGAACAUCGCGCACACAGCGCCCGCGCGCGCCCCGUGCAUCAAACACGCGCGCCGAGCCCCGCCACGCGCCCGCGUCCCACGCGCCGCGCCGCGCUCCCACCGCCGCCCGGUGCACUCUCUCUACUCCUGAUUCUGUCGCACACGCUCGUGUUAGAGACCGUUUAACAUGUGUUACUGUGAAGUGUUAUUGAGUGCAGUGAUCAAAGUGGGCCGGCCAUGAAACUGCGACACCCAGUGAACAGUAGCGUCCGAUGGCAGGUGUCGAAGAACCAGAGACUGCGGCUCGACGUGCGGAACGAAACAUGAGCGAUACGUGUCACAAACACUCCGAACUAAACUAUUAAACAACACUAAAAACGCCAAAUUGCGCUUGCUUCCAUAACGUAUUCUCUUUCACAUAUCGUAAACCUAAGAUCGACCACUUUAUAAUUAUAGUUAAAUUUUAAAUAAAUAAUUAAUUAGAUAUAACUUAAAAUAGUUUCGCGCCUUUCUUGUGCCUAUCUCAAUCUAAUUCUAAAGCAUUCUAAAGUGAGAUUUAAUAAUUGAAAGUAAUUAAUUCUGUGAUGGGAUUAACAUAAGAGUGAUAUCGACGUUUGAUGUGUAUAUAAUCUUUAUCUCUUUAAAACGCUAGUUAGGGGUAGAGUAGAUGCGCUAGAAGUAGAUCUUCUCUGUAAACGUUACUAAAAGACUAGUAAAAGGUGGUCGAUUCGCGAUAACUUUGUCAAAUAUAAGUGAGUGGACAGACGUGAGUGAAGCAAAGUGCGUAGUGGAUAGCCCGCGAGCUAUCCGGGGCCCCUGGCUGAGACUUGUGGCAGCGCGUAUCCACGGCCACAAACCUGGCAAGUAUGCAGGCAGCUCUUAUGCUAAGAAGCAAAUCGCGGGAGAGAAGAAAACAGCGUUUAAAGAGAGGAAUCAAGCACGACUUGCCGAGCAACAUAGCGACCAAACUGAUCGCGCCCUUCCCGCGAUACCCACCGGCGUCAUGGUGCGCGGCCGGGCGCGCGGCCUGGGCGGAGGCGGCGGCGCUGUCAGUGGGCGGCGGGUGCGCGGGCGCAGGCGGCGCGGCGCGGCGCUGCUCCGUGCUCGGCGACCACCCCGGGGCAAGGAAGGGCCAGGCCGGCAAAUGGCACAGGAACAACCGGGUGCGAGACGCUUCGUACGGGUCGUCGUCGGAGUCGGACGGCGAGGCGGACGGCGCGGCCGGCGACACGUGGGGCGUCGCACGACUGCUCUACGCCGGGCUCGGCACGCUCGCGCUCGGCCUCGUCGUCUACUUCGUCGGGACCGGCGACAAGGGUUUCAAGACUCCAGCACUACGCCUGGUGGGUCCGUCGCUCAUUGUCGCAGGUCUGGCCUGCUGUCUGCUGCGUAUUCUCUUCUGCAUAUUUGCGAAGCCUUGCUGUCGACGGCGAACCAUCUACAAGGAGAACAGAAGACUGUCUGGGUGCGGGGAAGGCGAGGAGAUGCCUUUGGCGGGGAGUGCGGGGGGCGGCGCGGGCGGAGGGUCGGGCGGCGCGCGCGCCGGGCCCGCGCAGUGCUCGCCCGCACGCCGCCUCGACGCCUCGUCCUGCGACGUGUCCUCGCUGUCCAGCGGCGAGGAGGACGAGCGCCUGCGCCGGUACCGCACCGCCUCGCUGCACCCACCCCCACUACAUCAGGUCAUUCACGUCACAGCGCACCAGGGGGCAAGCUCACCGAAUGGGUUGCAGCAGAGCGGGUCGCACGGGUCGCACCACAGCGGCCUGCAGCGGAGCGGGUCGGGCCACAGCCCGGUGCCGGGCCCCGCGCGGGCCGCGGCGGCGCACAGCGUGCCCGCGUCGCCCAGCCCAGGAGCGCAGGCGCCGCCGCUGCCGAGCGCGAUGGCCGGAGCUCCCGCGCGCCGCCCGCCCCCGCGCAACGUCUCCUUUGCCGGUGGACCCGACGGCGAACUCGUGCUUAGCCCCGCACAGCUUCGCUCCUAACCCACAAGCAAUAAAGGUUUUCGCAAUACUCCCUUUUUUACCAAGAUACUCUUCGGACGAUGUGACUAUAUCGAUGCGAACCGCUACGAAUAUCGGUUAUGUGAUAGCGUGAGACUCUUGACAGUUUUAAAGUUUUUAAGUGAAUUUUCUAUUCGAUAAGCUACGAGGUCGUUGAUUUAUUUGCACGUUUGGAUAAUAUUCUCGCAAACUCCUAUCGAUACUCGUAACUAACUUUAAGUAUAAUUUGCUAGAACUAACUUGACUGUUUUUUGGAAUGCCUACAUUAGAGUGUGUCGUGUAACAAAAUACAUGAAAACCUAUUUCAAUUUGUAAAGAACAUUUCACACAGAACAAUAUAUUCCGUUAAGUCUGACUUAUAGAACAAUACCUGACGUAUAACAAAACAAUUCAAAUCACACAAGUUCUUUCCUAUGUCGGAUUACAAUAGUUGCCUGUAUUUUGUUACACUUCAUGACUAGAUAUGUUCAGUUUCUGUGGCAGAAUGCUUCGACUGCAUGUUUAUUGAGCAACGAGUGAAAAGGGUCUGCCAGACCAAACGUAAGUGACUUGCAUGGUUAUGCCACAAAGCGUGACGUUCGAUCACCGAUCUGGCAACACCUUAACUAUUUUACCGUAGUACUCGUAUCAUGUAAGUGUAAGCGUUAACUCUAACUGUGUAGCUAAUUACUGAAUGUGCUAGAUCCCUCCAUCUCAGCCGACUAGUAGACGCCGCGCUGCACGACGAGGUGUGGUAUUGACGACCAAACUUUUAUAUAAUUGUAACGAUAUAAUAUUUACAUAUAGCCAACUUUAUAUUUACAACACGUAUAGUAAAAAUUAUUUAAACAGAAUUUUAUUUAUAUUGGCCGGGAUACCGGGCAACUAUUACUCUGACUUACAAACUAAAAAGUAAACAGUAGAAUCAUUUACAUCUUUAAGUAUGUAUGUUCCUAGAGUGGACAAUGGUCCAGCGGAGACCAAAGAGUCUGGCAUUAUAAUAUACGAAUGAAGUUUGGUAGAGCGUCCAAUGAAGAAUGAGAACAAUACGUGACAGUCCAUCCAAAGAUAUUUAAGACGUUCAUGAUAGACAGUAGAAUAAUUUAUUAGUAGAGAUACAAGACCACACCUCGUAGCAGUCGGGAGCUAAAUAGUAAAUGUAAUUAUAAACAAUUGUUUUAAAACUGCCUACUUACUACUAGACGCGAAUUUAUACUUAAAUAUAAAAUUCAUAAAAAUAGAUUUAUAACUGACAAUAAUGAUUGUUAACUGAUGUAUAAAAUGUUAUGGCGUAUGUGCGUUGAUUUUAUUUUGAUUAUGUCCAACAAAUCGUGAGUAGUUCAAGCGCCGAGUGCCGACACCCGACACUGUGUCCGACUGUCCACGAGCCGCGCGCCGCGUGCCACGGGGCGCACAGAGAAGGAACGUUACUUUGCAGCUUGGUCGAGCGCUUCAUUUUGUACGAUAAACUAACUUGGCGAGUGAACUACGUAUAUACACCAAAGGAUAUAAUAUAAUAGUUAGCUAAUUACAUAAAGGUUGGUGUAUAGCAAGUGAUACUGUGUAACAGUAAUGUUUUUAUGUGUAAGUAACUACGGUAAAUUAAAUAAUACAUACAUGUGUGUUACGCGUGCAUUGUAUAUGGCACAAUAUAGUGAUUACUGUUUAUAAAUAUAUAAUAUAUUUUAGAAAUAUUUGCACCAUUAGUAGUGAAAUAUUAAAAUGUAUAUCUGCAGAUUUUAGCUAGAAUAUUGUGGAAGACACUGAACGACGUGUCAUAAAAACAUAUUUUGAAAAUUACGUUUCUGUAGACGAAACAGAAAAUUAUUGUAAAAGUUUUUGAUUAGUUUUUGUCAAUUAUAUAUUUGUAAUCAAAUUAAAGUAGUUACUUUGAAUUGUUUAAAUCUAAGGAGGGUCAAUUACUUACGUAUUAUUUUCGGGAUAAGAUUCGCUUUGUUUUACUUGCUGUCUGUAUCGAGCACUACAUGUACUUACUACUAAUGCAUACAAUACUCCAUUUAAUUAUAAAGUCAUCGUAACCGUCGGUAUGCUUUAUACGUCUCUAAAUUCUGGAUAGCAAUAUAAUACAAAUGAAGUAUGUACAUUCGUAUUUGUUUAUUCAAUUUUGUCGUUUUUAUUGUUUGUUAUGUAAACAAACUUAUGUCCGAUUUACUGCGAUUGGCGACUAGGUGAGCAUGCAUGCCAUGAUAGACAUUAUGGUAACUAAAAUUCAAGUUGCCUAAAUUAAAUUUCGUAUAAAAUAAUUUCGACAUCAAGAACAUAAUAGACGUACAUAGAUGUUAAGAAAAAUAUGAGCUUCGUUUAGACUAACUGGCUUGUAUAACAAAGUGUUGUGUACAUUAACGAAAUAGAUGAUCCAUUGAACGUUGUCACUCCUCGCAUUCUUCAUACUUCGUAGUCCAUUCGUUUCAUCGUGUGUACAUUUUGGUUUGAACAUCACCUGGUAUGUAACAAUAUUUUCGCUUCACUUUUGAUUACUACGAUCUAAGCGCACAUAAAACUGGUGACAGGGUUCAUUUAUUUUUGUCUACCAGCAGACGAGUUUUCAUUUACUUGUUAGAAACUACAUCACUUCUAUUUUACGAAGGAAAAUUCGUCUGCUUAUUUACGUAUAUAAAAUUAUAUAGAUCGUUUUAUAGAAAAACUGUAAUAUUGACAUAUUGAAACUUUCACUUCACAGUUCGUACUGAAGACACCAAUGUUUAAAAUUAAGAAAAUCAUUCUGUUUCUCCAAAUGAAAUUGUGUAAAUAAGCAAUGGAGAUGUCGAACCUUGGUCUGUUUCCGAUAUUGUAAUAAUGCUAUACACCAAUAAACAUUUACAUUUUGUUCCCUUACAAUUUAUAAUGUACCUAAAUAAAUCAUUUGCGCCAACUGCAGAAAUUGAAUUGUCGUAAAUAGAAAGAUGUACUCUGAAAUAUCCAGGUUACGAAGAGAUAGUGUUUUCACACGGUUGAUAUAUUUUAAUAUUUUAGUAUAUACGUGCUUCCAUUAAAGCUUGCAUUGAAGAUGCUUUUUUCGUAUUUCCUAAUAAGUGCAACGGCAAAGCGUCGAACCUAGAUUCGUUUACCUAAUGAGCUAAGUAACAAAUACCAGGGCCUAAUAGUGACUGCGUGUUGAUGGCAUUCUGCAUGUUUUCAUAGAUUAUAUUUAAGCGCAGUGUUCAACAUUUCGUAAUUUAUUAUAAUUGUAAGCUGUUACUUUCAAGUAAGUGUAACAUUCCUCGCAUCACUUGCGGAGUGUGAUCGACACGCGGUCUGUGGAACCUCCAGAUGUUUACGUGUGGAUAGAUUUAUGUAAAUAUGGUGUACUUGCUAUAUAAAGAUAAUAGAGGAAAACUAAGUCUUUUGUGACAGAGCGCCUUUAUCCUACUAUCUAUUGCAUGUUUUACUCAAACAGCAGUUGUUGUCAGGUCAAUGUAGCGGUUUGUUUUUGAUUAUGAAUAAUAAUCGACUGUCUUCUCAAAAUGUUACGUAAAAUUAGUUCGUUCAUAAUGUUUUAUUAUUUUUAUAGUGUAUUCUGUUACGUUAAAACUCGUGCUACUAGUAAACUUGGAUGAUGUCGUAAUAUUAAAUAAAAUAUGUGAAAUAUUCCCUGCCAUAGACUUUUUGUGUGUGUAAUAAAAUCUUUAAAUAAGGUAGAAUUGUUGAAUGAAAACUUUAUCAGCCUAAUGUGUGAUAUUUUUAUUCUGUGUACCUACGUGUAUGAGUUGCUCUCGCUUCCACAUAGCUGUGUUGUCAUUAUGUUGCGACGACCAAAUCGUGAUGCUAAAACUUAGUUAUAGUCUGUUAUUAAAGUAAAUAAUAUUUUAUUGUAAUAAAGUGUUCCUUUCUCUAUCGAAAUAAUUCUUAAAAUGUGAUUCAUUGUUGAAAUAUUUAUGCUCUUUGUUUAUUUUAAAAUAUGAAGUAGUUACUUCUUGACUAAAUGAUUUUACGCUAGUCUUCUAAUCUUUUGAUACAAAUUAGUUUCCCAACUAACAGACAGAUGUAACUUCUACGUGAACAAUGUGAAUAAGACAAGGCUAUCCUAUCUGAUACUAUUUUCAAGUUUCCAACCUGUGUGCGGAUUCUCCAUCUUCCUAUAUUUUAGGAAUGUAAUUGAGGUGCAAACUUAAAGGAUAGAACUGUGAUUUAAAUGUUAUUGUUAAAUGAAGGAUGUAAAGACGUGUUGGACAAAAAUGAAUGUUAACAUUUAGUUCCAGAGUAUAAUGAAAUAAAAUUAAUAACAUAGCUCAAGGGUUACCUUAAAGUAAUUUUUUAUUAUAGAGUUUUAUAUAAUAAUAAAGAGCAAUCGUAUGUUAUAUGUUUUGUUACGUUAAUGUAAAUAUUUUAUGUCAUUACCGGUAUUGUUCAUCAUCGUUUAUAUUAUUUAUAGGCAUUGGUGCAUAUCAUGUGUAUAGAGCAGACGAUUAAUCAAAUAAAUUAGAACAAAAAUAUAGUUGA